UUUGGCACAAUAAAAAUGACGCCGUGGUCAGUGUUACUAGUUCUCUGUGUUGCCGGGAGCCGCGCCAUGGUCUACGACACGAUCGUCGUAGGCCUAGGGUCAGCUGGUACGACGGCCGCGUCGACCCUCGCCAAGGCCGGGAAGAAGGUCCUGGCGCUGGAGGCGAUGGACAGGGUCGGCGGACGAGUCAACACCGUGCCCUUCGGAGAUGGACUCGUCGAGGUCGGAGCUGAGUGGAUUCACGGCACUGCAAACAGCCGCGUGUACGAGAUAGCGAUAGCCAACAAUAUAGAUAUCGUUAACGACGACAUGUGGGACUUCCAAAUCUUUAUGUCGGAUGGCUCUCCAGCAGACACCCCGUUGAUAAGGGAGCUGAUGGACUUCGCCAAUGAAGUGAUAGAAGACCCGCCACCAGUGCCGGAACCUUUGGGCCAGUAUAUUACUAGGAGAGUGAACGAAUACAUAAACGAGAAGUACCCACAAAUAGCAAACGAUACUGAUUUCAUAGAAUCGUUUCUAUUUAUGAUGGAUUUGGACGCAGGAAGUCAUGAGUCGUCUAAUAGUUGGAAUGAGCUCACAACGUCCUCUCAUUUCAAGGACCUGAAGGGCCAUCAGGCCGUCAGUUGGCACAGAUAUGGGUACAAGACGUUCUUUGAGCUAUUGUUGAACACUUACAAUAACGGUCCCGGCUACCCCAACCUGGAGAUCGCGCUGAACAAGGAGGUGUCUCGCAUCACGUGGCCGCGACAGCCGGCGGAGGACGCGGUCGUGUCCUGCUCCGACGGCUCCGUCUACAGAGCCCGGAGUGUUAUCGUGACGGUCUCGCUCGGCGUGCUCAAGGACAGGCACAACACGUUAUUUUCCGCUGCAUUACCGAGCGAAAAAACUACGGCUAUAGAGAAAAUGUCCAUAGGUGUGAUCGGUAAAAUAAUAUUGUCUUUUGAAAAAGGCUGGUGGCCAAAGAAUAUGACAUCCAGCACUUUUAUGUGGAAAGCUGAGGACAGGAAGAGUAUCCCGAAAGAAGACAUUUGGACCUCAAUGAUAUAUGGCCCCAGUUUUGGUUUGGGGACCAGUAAUACGUUAACCCUUUGGUUGUGCGGCGACGCGGCUAAAUUGGUAGAGACGUUGCCUGAAGACGUGGUGAAAGCCAAGUCAAUGGAAAUCCUGAGGAGGUUCAUGGGAAGGCACACCGACAUACCAGAGCCUACUGCCAUGUUGAGAUCAAGUUGGCACAAGAACCCCUACACGCGGGGUAGUUACACAUACGAUAACAUCCUCACCCCACAGUACCCCAACGCACGAGAGGAUCUGGGUAAACCCUUACUGGACUCCGCUGGCAACCCACGCGUACUGUUCGCAGGCGAGGCGACGAACCCUCAACACUACGCAACAGUCCAUGGCGCCUCAGAGACCGGAUAUAGAGAAGCAAUGAGGCUCCUAAAUAUUUCUAACAAGAUUUACGCCAUGGUCUACGACACGAUCGUCGUAGGCCUAGGGUCAGCUGGUACGACGGCCGCGUCGACCCUCGCCCAGGCCGGGAAGAAGGUCCUGGCGCUGGAGGCGAUGGACAGGGUCGGCGGACGAGUCAACACCGUGCCCUUCGGAGAUGGACUCGUCGAGCUCGGUGCUGAGUGGAUCCACGGUACCAUAAACAGUCGUGUGUACGAAACAGCGAUAGCCAACAACAUAGAUAUCGUCAAUCAGACUUUGGACUUCCAAUUCUUAGUGUCGGAUGGCUCUCCAGCAGACACCAAGUUGAUAAGUGAGCUCAUGGAAUUCGCCUUUCAAGUGAUAGACGACCCGCCACCAGUGCCGGAACCUUUAGGCCAGUAUGUUACUAGGAGAGUGAACGAACACAUUAAAGAGAAGUACCCGCAAAUAGCGAACGAUACUCAUUUCAUCGAAUCGUUUCUAUAUUGUAUGAAAUUAGGCACGGAAGGCUAUGAGUCGUCUGAUAAUUGGAAUGAUCUCACAACGUUCUCUCAAUACGAGGAGUUGGAUGGGCAUCAGCACGCCAGCUGGCACAGAUACGGGUACAAGACGUUUUUUGAGCUCAUGUUGAACACAUACAAUAACGGUCCCGGCUACCCCAACCUGGACAUCGCGCUGAACAAGGAGGUGUCUCGCAUCACGUGGCCGCGACAGCCGGCGGAGGACGCGGUCGUGUCCUGCUCCGACGGCUCCGUCUACAGAGCCCGGAGUGUUAUCGUGACGGUCUCGCUCGGCGUGCUCAAGGAGAGGCACAACACGUUAUUUUCCGCUGCCUUACCAAGCGAAAAAACUACGGCUAUAGAGAUAAUGUCCAUGGGUGUGAUCGGUAAAAUAAUACUGUCUUUUGAAAAACCCUGGUGGCCAAAGAAUAUGACAGGUAGCACUUUUAUAUGGAAAGCUGAGGACAGAAAGAGUAUCCCGAAAGAAGACAUCUGGACCUCCAUGAUGAGUGGCGCCAGUGUUGCCAUGGGGACCAGUAAUACGUUGACCCUUUGGUUGUGCAGCGAGGCGGCUAAAUUGGUAGAGACGUUGCCUGAAGACGUGGUGAAAACCAAGUCAAUGGAAAUCCUGAGGAGGUUCAUGGGAAGGGACACCGACAUACCAGAGCCUACUGCCAUGUUGAGAUCCAAUUGGUACAAAAACCCCUACACGCGGGGUAGUUACACAUACGACAACAUCCUCACCCCACAGUACCCCAACGCACGAGAGGAUCUGGGUAAACCCUUACUGGACUCCGCUGGCAACCCACGCGUACUGUUCGCAGGCGAGGCGACGAACCCUCAACACUAUUCAACAGUCCAUGGCGCCUCAGAGACCGGAUAUAGAGAAGCGAUGAGGCUACUAAAUAAUUCAAAGAAGAUUUAAAUGUUUGUCUCGUUUGGGGUAAACGUAGAUGUAUAUCGAGUUGUCUUAAAAGGAAAUAUUGUGAAACUAUUUGAAUGGAUAUAAGUUAGUCCGCUGGUUCACUAUAACAAGGUCCUAUUACAUUUUUAGUGUAAUGGGGUAUUUCAAGAUUUUUUAGGAAUGGGGUAAAGACACUCGAAGUACAUUCUAGUAUAUUGAACUAUGUUACCUAAAAACAAAUAUUUUAUUAAAUAUUUUUUAAAUGUUUUA